UUCAAAUGGCACAACGUUUUUUGAGUUUAAGCCUGAUCUUCCCCCCAUCCUUGCUAGUUGUUUUUUUCUUGAUCCUAGACUUGUUACUUUCAGAGUCUGUCUUGACAAACUUACUCUCAAACCAAACUGAUAAACUUGCACUGCUCGAGUUUAAAUCCCUAAUAAAUUAUCAAACUGUAGGAGCAUUGGCCUCUUGGAAUGAUUCAACGCCACUUUGCCAGUGGGUUGGAGUCACAUGUGGCCUCAAACACCAAAGGGUCACCAGCUUGAACCUGUUUGAUCAGAUGUUGGUUGGGACUAUAUCACCCAACAUCGGAAAUCUCUCUUUCCUCCACUCCCUCAACCUCGGAACCAAUUCCUUCUAUGGUGAAAUCCCCUUAGAAGUUGGCCGCUUGAUUAGGCUGCGAGAUUUGAUCUUGACCAAUAACUUUUUGCAAGGACAAAUCCCUGUCAAUUUGUCUCAAUGUACCAACCUCAUCAAUCUUGCAUUAGACAACAACCGCCUUGAAGGUCCAAUUCCUUUCGAGCUUGGAUCAUUGUCAAGGCUUGUGACAUUCUCACUCUAUCACAACAAUCUGACAGGAAAAAUCCCAACUUCCAUUGGUAAUCUAUCGGCUCUCCAAGUGUUUAUAAUAGCAAAUAACAAUUUGGAGGGAGAAAUUCCGGAUGCAAUUUCCCAAAUGACAAGUUUAAAAGAUUUCCAAGUGGGAGUAAAUAAAUUUUCCGGUCCGUUUCCUCCUCUUUACAAUCUUUCAUCACUCAUAACACUAACUUUGCCUUUUAUCAUUUUUUAUGGUAAACUCAGGGUCGACAUGGGCUUUCUUCUUCCAAAUCUUUAAUUCUUCUUUCGUCAAGUGAUCGAUUACUGGACCUAUACCAGUUUCUUUAUCCAACGCUUCAAAUCUUCAAGAAGUUUAGUUUGGUGGAAACAUAUUUAUUAGAAACAUACCCAUAAAUCUUUGCAAUUUAAAGAUUUUAUAUCGACUUUCCUUCGCAAAUAAUAUUCUUGGAACUGGGUUUGAUGAUAUGAGUUUUCUCACUUUUUUGACCAAUUGCAGCCAACUAUAAUAUAUUGAUAUAAGCAAAAUCAGUUCGAGGGUGCAUUGCCUAACUCAAUUUCCAAUAUGUCAAUCCAAUUGACUUGGCUACAUGUUGGAGAGAACAUUAUUAGUAAAAGUAGGGAUGAUCACGGGUGAGGUUUGGGGCAGGUUUGUCGUAAUUCGCCCCUGCCCCGUUUCAUAUCGGGUGCAAGGCAAAUUGGGGGUGGUGGUAAUGGGGCGGGGACGGGUUUUUUUACAAGUUGAAAAUCAAAAAUAUUAAUAAAAAUUGUAGUAAAUUAUGGAUAAUAAUUUAUACUUAACAAGAAUUA